AUGCCAAAAUCCAGGCGCGAUAAGGUCAUCGCGCUCACGCAGACCAAGAAGAAGGACCGGGAGUGGAAGGGCGGCCUCAUCGAACAGAUCCGCGAGGCCCUCGAGCAGUACCAGUCCGUGUUCGUCUUCCGAUGCGCCAACCUCCGCAACAACGCCUUCAAGGAGCUGAAGGCUACGCUCGCCGAUUCCUCCCGUUUCUUCAUGGGCUCCAACAAGGUGAUGCAGGUGGCGCUCGGUAAGGGACCCGAGGACGAGCAGAGGGACGGCCUCCACCAGCUCGCCGAGCACGUCCGCGGUCACGCGGGAGUGGUGUUCACCAACCUCACCAAAGAAGAUGUGGAAUCCGCCAUGGCCAAGUACGAGGUGAGCGACUACGCCAGGACCGGGACGGUGGCCCGGGAGACCAUCGUCGUCGAGAAGGGACCGGUGCACGGCCCGCACGGAGGCCUGAUGGAGCACACCAUGGAGCCGACGCUGCGAAAGAACGGCAUGCCCACCAAGCUCAACCGCGGCGUCAUCGAGCUCCUCGCCGAUCACGCGCUGUGCAAGGAGGGGGAGCACAUCUCGCCGCAGGGCGCCAUCCUGCUGAGGCUGUUCGGACACGAGCUCGCGACGUUCAAGAUGGACCUGCUGUGUGGCUGGGUAAGUGCCUCAUCCGGAAGUAUCUCGUCCGGAAGUAUCUCGUCCGGAAGUAUCUCAUCCGGAAGUAACUCGCCGAGGGUUUCUCGUUUUUCAAAGUCGCUCGGCAGUGACGAUAACUCGCAUUGGGAUAACCUGAGAGGUUAG